AUGAUGCAGUGUGUUGCUGCUGGGCAUCAGGUCGUUGCUCUAGCCAAUUUAAGACCUGCUGAAAACACAGGGCAGACUGAUGAAUUGGACAGCUAUAUGUAUCAGACAGUAGGACACCAUGCCAUUGACCUAUAUGCUGAUGCGUUGGAUUUGCCACUCUAUCGUGGUUUCAUAAAGGGCACCAGUGUAAACACUGGACGAGUGUAUACCGCAUGUCAGGAAGAUGAAGUUGAAGACCUUUACCGCCUCUUAAAACUUGUUAAGGACAAAGAAGGAGUGGAGGGUGUAUCUGUGGGAGCCAUUCUUUCUGACUACCAGAGAGUUCGAGUUGAAGAUGUGUAUAGAUUGUAUUGUAACAUUCAAGCCAUAAUCAUAAAAAUGGCAGCUUUUGGUUUACAUCCAGAUAAACAUUUAGGAAAAACUCUGGAUCAAAUGGAGCCUUAUCUUUUGGAGCUUUCUGAGAAAUAUGGAGUCCAUGUUUGUGGAGAAGGUGGAGAAUAUGAAACAUUCACUCUGGACUGCCCUCUAUUUAAGAAGAGAAUAGUCAUAGAUUCAGCCAAGGUGAUUGUGCAUUCGGCCGAUGCAUUUGCACCUGUGGCCUACCUUCAUUUUUUAAAAUUACACCUGGAGAAUAAGGCAAAAUCUUCAGGUACAUUUAUGGUCAAUAGCUGCUCUUGUGAGGUAAGCUGCAAUGAUGAUGAUAUGUUCCCUUGGUCAGAAGAGGAUGAACCACAGAAAAACAUUCCAGUCAUCUGGAAGUCUUUGAGACAUAACUCUUUGGAUUUCACUAAGACAUGUGGACGUUCAGGAAAAUCCCUGAGUGGUUACCAGUGGUUUUCAGGUAUCACUGCCCACUUCCUUCCAUCAAAAGGCAAAAAUACUCAAGAGGCAGCAAGGGAAGCGUUUUCUUCUCUCCAAGCUAAUGUGACUUCAGAGGGAUUGAAACUGAAGGAUAUUAUUUUGGUUCAUCUGUAUAUGAAGAGCAUGAAAGAUUUCAAUGUUAUAAAUUCAGUUUAUGUGACAGAAUUUGAUUUGUGUCCACCAGCAAGAGUAUGUGUGGAAACACGGCUACCUGAUGGAGUACUGUUUUGCAUUGACUGCCUUGCACAUAGGUAUGACGUUGCAAUGGAUGAUGUGUUAUGUGAUGAAAAACUGGUCAUGCAUGUACAGAGCAUUUCCCACUGGGCACCUGCCAACAUAGGACCUUACAGUCAGUCCAUCAAGGUUGGAGAUGUUCUCUACUGUGCUGGACAGAUUGCUCUGGUACCUUGUACGAUGCAGCUUGUUAGCGGUGGCAUAUGGACUGAGGCCAUAGUUUCCCUCCGUCAUGUUGAGCGGGUUCUUCAAGCUAUGAGCCAGAAGACUGCACUCCAUCACGUCAUCACAGCCAGCUGCUAUGUCACUGACAGCAAGCACAUUCCUAUUGCUCGCUCUAUAUGGCAGAAGAAAAUGAAAGAAUGUAAAAAGGUUGAAGAUUCAGAGAUGUAUCAUGAUGUAACUGCAGUCUGUGGGUUGCUUGCUGUGGUUGUAAUAGCUCACCUACCCAGAGAUGCUGCCAUUGAAUGGCAUGUUAUUGCGGUAGUUGAUGAUCCACUCCAAAGAAAAUAUUUUGCAGUGAAGAUGUUGUCAGAGGGCUUCCAAAUUGAGUGUGAAUCUGUGGAGUCUAGUUCUGCAUCUUGUGCAUCAAUCUCUGUAUGUCUGAGCUUGAUUUCACCAUCCGCUUCUCAGCUUGAUUUAGAUGGACUUCUUCAUGACUUAGUUGCUGUGUUUAGGCAGGCUUUUGAGAAACUUUCAGAAGACUGCAGCUCAAGUCCUUUGUCUUUUAGAGCUUUCUUCAAGGAGGAUGUCUUUGAUGCUGAAACACUACAAACAGGACUGCAAGAAUACCUGGAAAAAUAUUUGGGCAAGAAGACCCCAGCUCUGAUUUUAGUACCUGUGGUGGACUUACCUGGCAAGGAAGUUAUUCAUGUAACAUGCUGGCUAAGCUAGCAGUUUAGAAGAGAUGAGUUGGUAUCAAAACACAUUCCAUCCAGGAAAGAACAAAGGAAGGAAUUGAUCAUAACUGUGUUGGAUACUUUCAUUAAGCAAUAUUGUUUGAUUUAAGCAAAAUCAUAUUUAGCUUGUUAAUGAUGCCUCAUGAUAUGUGACAGAGUCAGCUUUGUAUGAACAAUACAGGUUUCUUUUC